AAUAUGACGUCGUUUGCGCUCAUCGAGGCGCAGCUGCAGUCGACGGCCGCGUACGAGCAGUCGGAUGCCUCCGCGCUCCUCUUCGACCAUUGGUACGACCUCGCCAAGGCCUACGCGGCCAACUUUGGCCCCGACACCGUGCCGCAGAUGCUCCACGAGACGCGCCACGCCCUCGCCAUUGCCCUCACAACGUACUCGCCCGACCGCCUCCGCGACCCGUCCACCGACAUGUACGCUGUCCGCGAGCUCCUCCGGCAUGCGCAAAAGAUCUUUGAGAUUCUGCGCACGAAGCCCAAGUUUACAGCCCUCCUGGACCCGCUCGUCGCCGAGGAAGAUGCGAGGAACGCGCUCUGCGCGUGGCUCAUCGAUGUGGGCGUGCCGGCCCUCGAAGCGAUCGGGCUCUCGGAAACGUCGCCUGCCAACGUCCGCGUCGAC